AUGGCGCUCUACUACGCCCUGCAGCUGCCACCGACGCUCCAUUGGGCUCUGCGCGUUCUGGCCCAAGUCCAAGCCUCCCAUGCUACGCUGCAGCGACUUGAGAGUUACGACAACCUCCCAAUGGAAGCGCCGCUGACAAGCGACCUCUUGCCUCGUAUUCCCGAGACCGACAAGCGCGGUCGCCUGACGUUUGAAAACGUCCAAGUGCGCUACCAGCCCCAUCAGGCACCGGCACUCACACACCUCUCGUUUGACGUUCUCGCCCACGAGAAGAUUAGCGUGGUGGGCGCGUCGGGGUCGGGCAAAAGCAGCCUCGUGAUAGCACUCCUCCGAUUGCUUGAACUCGACGCCGGCGUCAUUCGCGUCGAUGGCGUCGACAUCGCAUCGAUGGGACUGCACGACGCCCGGCGCCAAGUCGCGUACAUUCCCCAAGACCCGAUCCUCUUUUCAGGAUCGGUGCGCAGCAACUUGGAUCCGUUUGGCGUCUUUGGCGACGACCGGCUCUGGGCAGCGCUGCGCCGCGCCCAGCUCGUGAGCAUGGUUGCGUCUCUAGACGAGCCCGUGGCGGAGCGCGGCCGCAACUAUACCGUUAUCGAGCGACAGCUGCUCUGCUGCGCGCGCAUUUGGCUCAAAAACGCUGCGAUCGUGUGUCUGGACGAGCCCGCGGCUGCGUCGUGGGCGACACCGAAAGAUUAUGCUCUCCAAGAGGCGGUGCGGGCCGAGUGCGCCGAUCGCACGGUGCUCACAGUGACCCAUCGGCUCAACACGAUCCUGACGUCCGACCGCGUCCUCGUCUUGGAGCACGGACGCGUGGCAGCGCUGGGGACGCCCGACGAUGUGCUGGCGACACCGUGUGCGACCAUGGCGACGCUCCUCGAGCAGUGGCGCGCGGCGCAGCCGAUCACGUAG